CACGGCGGUGUGAACCAGCUAGGGGGGGUGUUUGUCAACGGCAGACCCCUACCUGACGUGGUGAGGACACGGAUCGUAGAGCUCGCGCACCAAGGAGUGAGACCCUGUGACAUCUCGAGACAACUACGGGUCAGCCACGGCUGUGUCAGCAAAAUACUGGGCAGGUAAGACGGAGAAAAAACAACCAAUCAUGAGAAGGAAAGACGCAUUCUAAAAAAAAUGUUUGAACCUGUCCUGCAACUCUUAUCCCUACAUAUUGGCAGAUCCCAAAUAAAACAGAUUUGACCAAAAUAUAAUAAAACAUGGCUAAAAAAAGGGAGGAAACACGUCAGUAUAUUAGACACACGUAAUGAGGAGAUAGGAAACAAUAUCUGACUUAAUCCUAGCCAUCACGAGGAGAGGUACUGUGUCUGUACACAGUUAAACUGGCAUCCCCGUAAUUUAGGAUAUAUCAGAUUACAACUGAAUUGUACUGGGUUCGUGUCCGUACGACAUUUGAAUGUUUUUAAAAUAUUUUUCAGCUAUCAAAAGGAUUUUAAAAGGUAUUUGUUUUAUGCACUUGGAAUGUUUGUCUAAAUUAGUUAAAUAUCAACACUUGGUAGCAUGUCAUUUGAAAUUAAUUGCAUGUUUUCUUAAUCUUUUCUUAAUCUUUUGGCACAGAGAAUAAAGUUGGACACCAUUGUAAUGGGUUGUACCCGGAAGGAAUAGCUAAAUUGUUUGACCAUAAGUCUUUGCUGUUAUAUUUGGAUCCUACAACGAUUUUAAGUCACUCCACCUCACAUAUAUAUAAUAUAGCCUAGGCUAUGAAGUAUAUAUAAAGUUUACCUCAGACGACAAUGUGCACAUUUUGGAGAUGUUUACGGGUUAAAUGCCCUGUAGGCGUAACAAAGUAUUUUGGGGGCAUAAGGUGCAUAACACUCGAAAACAUCCACACAUCUAAUGAUAAUUGAAAUCAACUCUAGUCAAGAAAACGAAGAAUUGUCCAUCCAACAUAUAGCCUAGAUGUUUCAUGAUCGAUACGUUGUUGAUUAUUGUUGCAGAUACUACGAGACCGGCAGUAUAAAGCCAGGAGUUAUUGGGGGUUCCAAACCAAAAGUGGCGACUCCAAAGGUUGUGGAUAAAAUAGCGGACUACAAGCGCCAGAAUCCGACCAUGUUCGCGUGGGAAAUCAGAGACAGACUGUUAGCUGAGGGCGUCUGUGACAACGACACGGUUCCAAGCGUCUCGUCCAUUAACAGGUAAAUAAUAUUUCUUUAUUAAUAAUUACAUAACCAAUAAGCCUAUUCCUUUGAACGAAAACGUAAAAUAUUAAUAUGUCACCCUCAAACAUCUGGGAAAUAUAUACAAUCAUGAAAUUGGGAAACAUCCUUGCAAAUUUCAUCAAGAAAAUGGACAAAUGACAAUAAUAGCAGCAGUGAUUUCGUCUGUCCAUGUUAAGGCCUCAACGCCUAGCCUACGUUUUCCUUUUUCAGGAGCCUUUAUUAUAGACGGCAUUAUUUACAUCCGUUGGCUGUUAUACGGGGAGAGCAUUUUUAUGACUAUUUAACAGUAUGCCUAGGCUACAUUUAACUUGUGAGUGGUUAAAACACCUGCUUAGGCCUCAAAUUACGGGGGUCAAAUAUAUCUAAAGCAUCUUCAAAAUCCUCAUGAACUCUCAGGGUAUUGCUAUCAAUUUACGUUUUCCAUCUAUGAACUGCACUGCACUGCAGAGUUUGACAAACUUUUUCCUCCCAUCGCGGGUGGUCUCGACCGUGCAAUUCAAUCUUUCAGUCCAAACUCCCCCAGCAAUCAGCAGUAUAUCUAGGACGAAGUGAAUCUGUCUGGAUGAAAACCGAUCAAUAGGCCAAGCCGGUGACCAGAUCCCGCGUGGCACCGAAAGCCCAGCAAUUGUUCAAUACCAGCACAUCUAAUGUGUUGUAUAGGACAUUUUCUUUACAGAGUAGGCCUGUAGCUGGUUUGGUUUGAAGCUUUGUGGAGUCGUGCCGUCUAUUUCAAAACGAGUACCUGUAUGUAUAUAAAUCUUAUAUUUUUUCUCCGAUUUGCCUUUGGUAAAUGCAAUUGCGUUUUGUGUUAUUUGUCAUAUCGCUGUUACAGUUUGUAAAAUAGUGUGAUUGUUAUCUGCCAAAGCAUUAGGCCUAUAGUCAUUUAUUUGUCCAACCAGCCAAACAAAUAGGGGGAAGUGUAUUUUCACUAAAAACACGUGUUAUGAAUUCAUUAUCAAAUGACAUUUUAUGUACAUAAAUAUUCUGAAAACUUCCCCAAACAAAUAUAAUUUGGAGAGGAUCCCGCCUGCCACAAUGGGCAAGGUUGAGGUCAGAAGGUGUAUAUAUGGUUGAUAUGGAGAACUGUAUUAUAAUACCAUCACAUAUAGCCUUCACUUCUGUCAAAUAACAAGGAAACAUCAUGAUCACAAAGAGGACUUUUGAGUGCAUUGGUGAAACAGACCUGGGGUGAGAGAGAGAUAGCAGAGAGAGAGAGAGAGAGAGAGCAGAGAUAGCAUUGUGAGAGAGGGGAGGGGGAGAAAGAGACAGAGAGAGAGACCCCCUACCCGCCAGAGAUCCUUGGUGAUGAACUUUCGUUAAGAGGCAGUGUUCCAUAGAGGCAGCAUCAGCAUUACACUUUAAUGAGCUGACUGCAAAAAAAGAGCGUGGACAGACAGCCCCACACAAGACAUCUUUUAAAUAGAGAAAGAGCUGAAGAAAAAUUCAUUUCAUGCCUCGUGGUUGCUUAAAAAGGACCAUUUAAGCAGGCUCAGACACAUGUAUGUGAUAUAUUCACAAUGUACAUUCAUAUCAUUAAAAGACCCACCUAUAACGUUUUCAAUUAGAAUCAAAUUCAAUCUCGAUUUGCUAUUUUGAACUGAAAUAAGCCACUAUGUGUCUUUGUUAAUUAUGGGGGGAUAUUAAAAUGUGAAUAAAAAUAAAUGUAAUUCUAUUACCCAAAGAUGAGAGCUACUUUGAAUUUAUUUUAUUUCACAAUGCUGAAUAUUUCUCUUUGUGAAGUGAAGAACCUUUUAGAGGUUACAUUUUAAAUUUCAAUUAUUUUACACCUUAUUCUCACCCUGCUGCAACACACACACACACACACACACACACACACACACACACACACACACACACACACACACACACACACACACACACACACACACACACACACACACACACACACACACACACACACACACACACACACACGCCCUGCAUACAUACACACACACACACACACACACACACACACACACACACACACACACGCACACACACAUGCACGCAUGCAUAUACUCAAACACACAUGGUUUUAACCCAAGUUGGUCCAAUUAAAUAUUUUGACAGAAUAGUUGGAUAAUAAUUGUAUGAAACAUUUGUAUAAACCUGCUUUCUUGAGACCAUAAAGUCUGUUCUACAGUGAAAGGCUGAAUGCUAAGCAUGCAUCAGUAGGCUAUAUGCAUAGGAUUAUGAGUCAAUAACAGUUACAAACACGCUACACAUUCCCAGGAAGUGUGUUCUAAAAUGGUCUUCGAAACAUUGGUUGAGGUUCCAUCCAGUUCACCAUGUACGCAAUAGACCAGCAGUAACUUCGUAUUGGCUAGUAUAUCUGUAAACAAUAUAUCUGUAAACUUAUCUGUAAACAAGGUGAAUCACAGGAGCGUUGGCUAGUUUAGCACUUAUCUGUAAACAAGGUGAAUCACAGGAGCGUUGGCUGGUAUAGCACUUAUCUGUAAACAAGGUGAAUCACAGGAGCGUUGGCUGGUAUAGCACUUAUCUGUAAACAAGGUGAAUCACAGGAGCGUUGGCUGGUAUAGCACUUAUCUGUAAACAAGGUGAAUCACAGGAGCGUUGGCUGGUAUAGCACUUAUCUGUAAACAAGGUGAAUCACAGGAGCGUUGGCUGGUAUAGCACUUAUCUGUAAACAAGGUGAAUCCCAGGAGCGUUGGCUACUCUAAUGAAGCUUAGACAAAGGGAAGGACUGGGACUACUGACCGCUACUCUAAAGGGUUUUAUGGCCAAACAAAAGUGACCCCAGCCAGGACUGUUGACAUAAGAGGAUGUUCUAGGUUUAAACACUCUUCCCCUGCAUGCAUUAUUAACUGUUACAGAGAUCCUGUUGUACUUGGUGUCUGGCUGGACUGGGUCUGGGCCACCGCGCCACAAGGAAGAAAUUACCUCCCACAACAAGUAACGCUGCUAACGGCUACUAGACAUAAAAAAGGUCCUCAAUGGCGCUCAAUAAUAUUGAUUCAGAAGUAAAGCAAUUUUAAUAUUUCUUCAGGGGAUUUUCAGCAACAGCUAAGUCAUUAAUUCAUUCCUCCAAAUUGCUUAUUCGAUAUCAAGAACAUGUAUUCCAAAUAAAGUCUUUGGAUUUAUAUUGCACACAGAAGUCAGGGGGUCAAAUAACUGCUAUGGAGAGCAGUGAAAAAAUGCAAAUAAAAUAUUGAUAUGUGAUCUCUGGGAAGGCUAGUCAUUGUAUUGUAGCUUUGCCCUAAGGAGAGGUCUGACAGUGGUGGAUACUUUACUCCUUGAACCCCCCAAACAAUAUCAAUAUCACAGGCAUCUUAACAAUACAUAGUUGAAUAUCUUAGCCCUUUGAGUCUGCAGUCUACAACAUAAAUACUAGAUUUGAGGGGUUUAAAUUAAAAUCAUGACGAGUCUAUUGACGCACCCGUGCAUCAAUCUAAGUAACAUAAUAAUACAAAAAUCCCCAUCAAAAUCCAUCAGUUUAAGCUAGAGAUAUCUUUCUUUUUUUUAGCAUGGGCUGCGUCUCAAUCCUCCACAUCCACCUAUGUCGGCCUUCCGCGUCAGCGGUGGUUGGUGGCCGUGCUACAGCGGUGUUUGUCAGACCAUGAGACAUCCCGAAAAAAUCGGUCUUCUCACGAAUAAGUCUGUAGCGUCCCGAAUGGUUUAGCCUACAAACUAAUAUGAACGCUCUAUGGAAAGAUGAGAUUCUCACCAACACGAUGAUAUUCUCAAUUUUACGACCUCCACAAGUGUCAUGGGACUCUCGUCUGACGGUAACUUGGUACCGGUUUUAAAAAAUGAAUGGAGUUAUGGAGGUAGUUUUGUGCCAACCAAAAAAAAAAAGGGGUUAAAUAUGUGUCCACUAUUUCCUGAGCUUUCUGAUAUCUACUAUAUAUAGGACAGACACUUCAAAACCUUAUUCCUUAUGAUAAAUGUUUUGACUGUCUGUUUUGCCAUUUAUGAAUGUGUUGUUCAAUGCGUUUCUAUGGGCUUUAGUAGUAAAGGCCAAAUUCAAUAAUUGUUAAAUAUAUUUUUUUAAACCCCGCCCCCAAAGGCUUAGACUUUUAGUUAACGUCUAAAAUACUGUAGAUGGUGUAAAUUGCUAAAUUGUUCAGUUUCAGGCCAAGCGGUUCAAUUUGUAACAUUAUCUAAUAAAAUAGAGGCCUUAAAUAACAAUACUCUUUUUGUUAAUAAAAUACAAAGAAACCUCCAAUUCACAACAACAGAGCUGUGUUAAGGAUUAGGAAACCAACCAAACGUGAACUGGGAUACGUGCCAUUAUUCAUCCUCAAAGUCCUUACUCCACCUUUUACGCUCCGCCCGUGUUCUAAAAUAGGAACACACCACGUCAUACAUGAUAAAUAGUUUUAAAGUUUACACAUUACAAUGACAGCUCCCUCUUCCCCACGGUGCCAGUCAGUUUAAAGGAAUCUAAUGCUGGCGUAAGCUUGUGCAAGGCAAUAAGGAAAUAUUGCUUUCCUGUCACAUAUAAUUUAUAGCUUUCUAUUUGCAUCUGUUUGGGCCUGUGACUAAUCCCCAACUUUUUCUCCCCAAGCCCUCGAUCAAUAGACCCUCGUCCACACUGGGGUUGGCAAUGGGGGGCUGCUGCUGCUGAAGCUUUAGAGACCUGUCCCAAAUGGCACCCUAUUCCCUAUAUAGUGCACUACUUUUGACCAUGGCCCGUAGGGAUAUAGGGCUAUGGGUGCCAUAGGGCUCGGGUCAAAAGUAGUGCACAAAUGGGGAAUAGGGUGCCAUUUGGGACGCAGUCCUGGCCAAGCCAAGGACCAGCGGUCAGAGAGAGAGCCCUGUAAACCUUUACCGUGUGGGAGGGAGAGAGGGAAAGAAGGGAGGAAAGAGAGAGAAAGAGAGAAGGAGAGCUGAUUAGCUCAGGCCAGGUAGAACCAGUGAAGCCAAUCAUUGAGGUGAAUUGAUGUGAUUUCAUGCUUUGUUUGCAAGAUCACCUCUCAGAGCAGAAGUGGAAUGAAGACUUUUCUUCUCUAUAUCUCACCUUUUAAAGGUACAGUAGGUUUUAUAACACGUAGGCACUGCUGUUUCUACAUCUGGAGUUUGGAUUGGAUUGGAUCCUUACUACUGACAUCUCACUCAGACACAAAGCACUAUGGGUCCUGGUCUCACUCAGACACAAAGCACUAUGGGUCCUGGUCUCACUCAGACACAUAGCACUAUGGGUCCUGGUCUCACUCAGACACAUAGCACUAUGGGUCCUGGUAAAACAUAGUGCACUAUAUAUAGGGAAUAUAGUCCAACAUCUAUUCAACAACAUCCAAUCUGUGAUUGGAAGAGGUUUAGGUUGCAAAAAAAAAAACAAGUUAACCACAGACCAUUCUGGCCCUUCAUUCACGGCAAUGUUCAAAUGAUGCUGUAUUGUGUAAAAAGCCAGUCAACUGAUCCAAGAGAAGGAGGCAGUACUGACACCCUCUUGCCAGUCAACUGAUCCAAGAGAAGGAGGCAGCACUGACGCCAUCUUGCCAGUCAACUGAUCCAAGAGAAGGAGGCAGCACUGACGCCAUCUUGCCAGUCAGCUGAUCCAAGAGAAGGAGGCAGUACUGACACCAUCUUGCCAGUCAACUGAUCCAAGAGAAGGAGGCAGCACUGACGCCAUCUUGCCAGUCAACUGAUCCAAGAGAAGGAGGCAGUACUGACACCAUCUUUUCCUUCCUGUGAUCACAGGAUAAUACGAACAAAAGUCCAGCAGCCUUUCCACCCCUCUCCAGAUGGAACAUCCCUGUCUGCACCAGGCCACACCAUGGGUAAGAUCUAUCAUAACCCUAACCCUUACACCAGGCCACACCAUGGGUAAGAUCUAUCAUAACCCUAACCCUUACCUGCCCUAACCCUUAUAACAGGCCACACCAUGGGUAAGAUCUAUCAUAACCCUAACCCUUACAACAGGCCACACCAUGGGUAAGAUCUAUCAUAACCCUAACCCUUACAACAGGCCACACCAUGGGUAAGAUCUAUCAUAACCCUAACCCUUACACCAGGCCACACCAUGGGUAAGAUCUAUCAUAACCCUAACCCUUACACCAGGCCACACCAUGGGUAAGAUCUAUCAUAACCCUAACCCUUACACCAGGCCACACCAUGGGUAAGAUCUAUCAUAACCCUAACCCUUACAACAGGCCACACCAUGGGUAAGAUCUAUCAUAACCCUAAUCCUUACAACCAGGCCACACCAUGGGUAAGAUCUAUCAUAACCCUAACCCUUACACCAGGCCACACCAUGGGUAAGAUCUAUCAUAACCCUAACCCUUACACCAGGCCACACCAUGGGUAAGAUCUAUCAUAACCCUAACCCUUACACCAGGCCACACCAUGGGUAAGAUCUAUCAUAACCCUAACCCUUACACCAGGCCACACCAUGGGUAAGAUCUAUCAUAACCCUAACCCUUACAACAGGCCACACCAUGGGUAAGAUCUAUCAUAACCCUAAUCCUUACACCAGGCCACACCAUGAGUAAGAUCUAUCAUAACCCUAACCCUUACAACAGGCCACACCAUGGGUAAGAUCUAUCAUAACCCUAACCCUUACAACAGGCCACACCAUGGGUAAGAUCUAUCAUAACCCUAACCCUAACCCUUACACCAGGCCACACCAUGGGUAAGAUCUAUCAUAACCCUAACCAUAACCCUUACACCAGGUCACACCAUGGGUAAGAUCUAUCAUAACCCUAACCCUAACUCUUACACCAGGCCACACCAUGGGUCAGAUCUAUCAUAACCCUAACCAUAACCCUUACACCAGGCCACACCAUGGGUAAGAUCUAUUAUAACCCUAACCCUUACACCAGGCUACACCAUGGGUAAGAUCUAUCAUAACCCUAACCCUUACACCAGGCCACACCAUGGGUAAGAUCUAUCAUAACCCUAACCCUAACCCUUACACCAGGCCACACCAUGGGUAAGAUCUAUCAUAACCCUAAUCCUAACCCUUACACCAGGCCACACCAUGGGUAAGAUCUAUCAUAACCCUAACCAUAACCCUUACACCAGGCCACACCAUGAGUAAGAUAUAUCAUAACCAUAACCCUUACACCAGGCCACACCAUGAGUAAGAUCUAUCAUAAUCCCAACCCAUGUUAAUCGCCUUGUCUCCAUUGAAAAAUAGGUAUUUUCUACUCAACUGAACAACCUGUCAAAAUAAUAAUAUUAUAUACCAUUUAGUAGAUGCUUACAUCCAAAGCAACUUACAGUAGGCUACUGCGUGCAUACAUGUUCUUAUGGGUGUCCUGGGAAUCGAACCCACGAUCCUGCAAGUGCCAUGCUCUACUGACUGAGCUACACAGGACCACAAAAUGAAGGUUAAAUAAUAAUUAUAAAAUGUCUCUUUUCCCUCAGUACCGAGCCAGGCCUCUCCACCUGUAACAAGCCCUUCCAAUGACCCUGUGGGGUCCUACUCCAUCAACGGCAUCCUGGGUAUUCCCCGGUCAAACGGCGAGAAGAGAAAACGAGAUGAAGGUAAGAGAAGAGCCAGUCUCAUUCCUGAGAAUAGUAUCUGUCCCAGAAUGCUGUGGUGUUGUUGUCUGGCUCAGAGCACCUUGAUGUUGUCUGACUCAGAGCACCUUGAUGUUUUC